AUGUUGUUAACCACCCUCCUCAUCCUCGCCCUAACAGCCACAGCCUCAGCGACACCAACAGUCUACCUCAUCCGCCACGGCGAGAAACCCGCAGACGGCGGCGAUGGCCUAACGAUACAAGGCCAACAACGCGCGCAGUGUCUACGCACUGUGUUUGGAAAUGCGUCACAAUACAACAUCGGCAAGAUAUUGGCGCAGACGCCGAAAGCUAAUGGCAAAAGAACACGCCCCCUCCUAACAGUCCAACCCGUCGCCGCGGACUUGGGAAUUACGGUCGAUACAUCCUGUGAUCGUGACGAUCCGGAUUGUGUCGCUGAUGCGGUAGCUAAGUUCGAGAAGAAGGGGAGUGGGAAGAAUGUGCUUGUUUGUUGGGAGCAUGAUGCGUUGAGUGAUAUUGUGGGGAGUUUGGGGAUGAAGAAGCCGUUGAGUUAUCCUGAUGAGUCGUUUAAUCUUAUUUGGACGGAUCCGAAGCCGUAUAAGAGUGUUACUGCUGUUACUUCUGAGAAUUGUCCUGGACUGGAUUGA